AUGAAGGCACUCGCCCUCCUUCCCCUCCUGGUUGGGGUGGCCGCCGCCCCGACCCCCCGCAAACCAUGGUUCGUCAAGCGGUUCACCGCCUUCGGACCACAGCCACAGGAGCAAUGGAGCUCGUGGGGUGCCUUUCCGGUCAUAUCUAUCCUGGCCGGCGUGGACGAGGGUAUGCCGUGCGAUGCAAGCCUUGCGCUAUUCAAAUGCGGCGGGCCGACAUACCAGCUCGUACAGUAUUGUCACGAAGGCCGCUGGCUCAACGUCCGAAACUGCCGCGCCCCCACCUCCCCCGGCCCCACCUGCUUAGCCCCAUCAAACGAAUGCACAAGCGACAACUGGGACAGCGUGCUCUUCAGAAUGGGCAGCGAGUACGACUUGAUCUCCGCCGGCGCCCCAAAAAUGUGGGACUCUACGUGGUGGAGCGAUGGGACAAAUUACCGCCGCGAUGGAUUCCCGGGCAACCCGAUGGCCGUUAAUCCACCAACAAUCAAGACGGCCGGCGUGGUACCUCUCAACCAGGCACUCAGUGCUGUUGGCGCCAGUGUCGGGUUUAACUUGUUCGGCUAUGGGCCGCUUACUACCAUCGAGGGUGGUCCUGAUUCGGCCACGCCAACGGCGUCGGUUGUCACUGUUACGGUGAUGCCGACAACCCCCCUGUCAAGUGAGACGCCGACGAUCCCCCCGCCGAGUGACACACCAGCCACUACUCCGCCACCAUGGGAGACGCCUACUACCGAUUUCCCGCCCAGCGAGUCGCCUACUACCGAUUUCCCACCAUGGGAGACGCCUACUACCGAUUUCCCGCCCAGCGAGACGCCAACUACCGAUUUUCCGCCGAGCGAGACGCCAACAGAACUCCCGCCGAGCGACACCGAGGCUGUUCCCCAACCGAGUGACACGCCUGCAACCCAACCUGAAACGGCCUGGCCGACCCCCGAGGACUCCUUCACUCCGUCCGAGGGCCCUGCAGAGACGCCUGAGACGCCGUCUGUCGUGACUCAGUCUGAAGACCAGCCCGCACCCGAACCCGACGCUUUGGGAGUGGCAGGCGGCCUGCCGUACUACGUCGCCUCCACGAGUGGCAACGGCAACACCUGGACGCCGGGUGAGACCUUUUCCGUCCCAGAGGGAUAUUCAUCCACACCGGGCGGCAACUCCGACUCCAACUCGUUCAGCUCCUUCCAGGAUUUUAAGCGGGAUGUUUCUCACCCAAUGCAGCGCUGGAGUCUCGACUCCCGGCCGCCUCCCCCGCCAGAGUAUCAGUCCAAGCCCAAGCCACUCUUCGACUCGGGAUGGACGUUUGAUAGCGCAUGGAGGGUUGGCAACCAACCCGUAUCAGCUGAGCCUUUUGUGCUAUACAAGAAGCCCCAGACUGCUAUGGUCCGUCACGCACCACCCCUCUCGGUUCGGCCGACUGUCGUUCUCCCAACUAAUGUUGCUGGUGAGGACGCGGCGACGGUUUAUGCGACUGCGACUAUGGGUUCGCUUGGUCCUUCUACGGCGGCCGUCCUGGCGUCGACCACGCCUUCCCAGCCCCCUCUGUCCCCCUUACAACUCCGCCCUCCCGCACAGGCCAUCAGCAGCAAGAUGUCCCUCUCGAACAAGCUUAGCAUCAAGGACGUCGACCUCAAGGGCAAGCGUGUGCUUAUCCGUGUCGACUUCAACGUUCCCCAGGACAAGAAGACUGGCGAGAUCACCAACCCUGCUCGUAUCGUUGCCGCCCUCCCCACCAUCAAGUAUGCCAUUGACAACGGCGCCAAGGCGGUCAUUCUCAUGUCGCACCUCGGCCGGCCCGACGGCCAGGUGAACGACAAGUUCACCCUCAAGCCCGUUGCCGACAAGCUCAAGGAGCUCCUCGGCCGCGACGUGGCUUUCCUCCCCGACUGCGUCGGUGCCGCGACCGAGGCCAGCGUCAACGCCGGCAAGGACGGCCAGGUCUUCCUUCUCGAGAACCUGCGUUUCCACAUUGAGGAGGAGGGCAAGGGCGUGAUCAACGGUGAGAAGACCAAGGCCGACCCCGCCAAGGUGGCCGAGUUCCGCAAGGGCCUCACCGCCCUCGGUGACGUCUACGUCAACGACGCUUUCGGUACCGCCCACCGCGCCCACUCGUCGAUGGUUGGUGUCGACCUCAACCAGCGUGCCGCCGGCUUCCUGAUGAACAAGGAGCUGCAGUACUUUGCCAAGGUCAUGGAGUCGCCUGACCGCCCGUUCCUCGCCAUCCUCGGCGGAGCCAAGGUCAAGGACAAGAUCCAGCUUAUUGACUCGAUGCUCGACAAGGUCAACAAGCUUAUCAUCUGCGGCGGCAUGGCCUUUACCUUUAGGAAGACGCUCGACGGCGUCAAGAUUGGCAACUCGCUCUUUGACGAGGACGGAGCCAAGAUUGUCGGCGACAUUGUCAAGAAGGCAAAGGACAAGGGCGUCGAGCUCAUCCUCCCCGUCGACUACAUUUGCGGCGACAGCUUCAGCAACGACGCCAACCGCGUCACUGUCACCGACGCCGAGGGUAUUCCCGACGGCUCGAUGGGUCUCGACUGCGGCCCCGAGUCCAACAAGAUCUUCGCCAAGGCCGUCGCCGACUCCAAGACCAUUCUCUGGAACGGCCCCGCCGGCGUGUUCGAGUUCCCCAACUUUGCCCAGGGCUCCGACUCGCUCCUCGACGCGACCAUCAAGGCCGCUGCUGGUGGCGCCACCGUUAUUGUCGGCGGUGGCGACACUGCCACCCUUGUCGCCAACGCCGGAAAGGAGGACAAGCUCUCGCACGUCUCGACUGGCGGUGGUGCCUCGCUCGAGCUCCUCGAGGGCAAGGACCUCCCCGGUGUCGCUGCGCUCUCGAACAAGCAGUAA